CGCCCACUCGGCCUCGGCGAUGGAGGCGGCGGGCGGCCGCGGCCUGGGCAGCAGAAGCAGCGGUGGCGGCGGCGGGCGGGAGGCGCCGGCCGCCCCCUGAGGCACCGCCCGCCCCAUGAGGAGCCGCCGCCCCCUGAGGAGACAAAGUAGUAGGAAUCUGGACCAGAAAAAAAUCCCACCAUGCAAGCAAACUGCAGUCAUCUCCACAACAUCCAAGGGAGUGGUGAUGACCCUUCACCUUCUCAAAGCACCCAUGCAGCGAGGUCAUCAGGAGAGAGCUCGUGCCAUCAUAGCGGAGAUGUUCGCAUUCAGCUAAGCACUGCUGCAGGAGAAGGCAGAGAAAAUGCGAGUUCUCGGCCUUUGAGGCCAGGUUCCCAAAGUCGCUCACAUGGACAUGCCCACAAUGAAGCAGGAGGGCUUGAUGACUCCGCUCCAGACUCAGAGGAACACAGUGGCAGCUCCCUCUCAGAGCUCAGAUACCUCCUCCAGUGGCUGCACAAAAGUCUGCCGUAUAUCUUGAUUCUGUGUGUCAAAUUGAUCAUGCAGCAUAUAAUUGGCAUUUCUCUUGGAAUUGGGCUGCUAACAACUUAUAUGUAUGCAAACAAAAGCAUAGUAAAUCAGGUUUUUCUAAGAGAACGGUGCUCCAAGGUGCAAUGUGCUUGGUUACUAGUAUACUUAACUGGAUCAUCUCUCCUCUUGUAUUACACCUUUCAUUCUCAGUCACUGUAUUACAGCUUAAUCUUUUUAAACCCUACUGUGGAUUUUAAGAACUUCUGGGAGGUGCUUUGGAUUGUGGGAGUCACAGACUUCAUUCUGAAAUUCCUCUUCAUGGGCUUCAAGUGCUUUAUUCUCUUGGUGCCUUCUUUUAUGAUGUCCUUUAAAUCCAAGGGCUACUGGUACAUGCUGUUAGAAGAACUCUGCCAGUAUUACCGUAUGUUUGUCCCCAUACCAGUUUGGUUCCGUUUUCUUAUUGGCUAUGGGGAGCCUGACAGUGUGCUAGGCUGGACCCCUGGGAUAUUGCUGGGCCUCGUCUACCUCAUCCUAAAGCUUUUGAGUUUUUUUGGACAAUUGAGAAACUUCAAACAGGUUUUACGGAUAUUUUGUACACGACCACACUAUGGGGUGAUGGCUAGCAAGAGACAGUGUUCUGAAUCAGAUGAUAUUUGUCCUAUCUGUCAAGCUGAAUUUCAGAAGCCUAUUCUGCUUAUCUGUCAGCACACAUUUUGUGAAGAAUGCAUCUCUUUAUGGUUUAAUAGAGAAAAAACGUGUCCACUCUGCAGAACUGUUAUUUCAGACCAUGUUAACAAGUGGAAGGAUGGAGCUACAUCUAUGCAUCUACAGAUUUUCUAAAGCAUGUUAAAACUUGUUUUACGGUUCAUUUGUACAAGCUAAGGUCUUCCAGCUUACUGCAGGUGAAAGUGUAGGUGACAAGGAACGAGUUUCCAAAUUCUAGAUUAUCUAGGAUUUGAUGCUUCUAUGAAAUAUCCCAGUAUUUAAAACAGUGCAGGAAAUGUUAAUUUGCCUUCUUAAGUAUAGAAAAAUGUUUUCAGAAUGAAAGGAGAAAAGCCAUCAUUGCUUCUCUCGUGAUUCUGCCAGGAAACAAUCAAAUCCUUAAAAAAUGCUGCAUUGCUGCUUGCAGCAGCUUCUUCAUUCAAUAUUUUAUUUAAAAGCUUUUAAAUAGUGUUCCAGACCAUGCUAAAUUUUAUUUAUCCUUUUAACAUUACUGAAACCAAAAACCUAGAUUAUGAGCAAAUUUUACGCUCUGGAUUACAGUGGGAGUUAAAGCUAUGUGUCACACUUGACAUUAAAGAUCCUUUAAUGCUAGCUCAACAGAUCAGAGAAAUUAACUUCUUAUUCAUGCAUCUAAAACAGCAACUAUUUCUCAUUGUACCUGGAGACAGGACACAAGAAUAAGAUGUUUCCCCUUUAGGUUCUUGCAGAUUUCUAAUUGAUCUUAAGCUUAAUACAUAAAUCAAUCACUGAUACUAGUUUUUUACUCGCCAUUUUAUGAAGUUGGUAUUUUUAAAACAGAUCUUUAAUACUAUAUUUUCUUGUCACAUCAGGAACCAGAUUUUCAUACAGGGGAGAAUCUAUUUUAUAUUAUAUAUGCAAUUUGUGGUAUACAUAAAAAU